CACGAGCAUUGGGAAGCGUCCAUAGGCGGGGACAAUAGUGGGCCUGGCUCGUGUGUGUGGUUGUGUAGACUCGGAGUAGUUGUUUUGGACUGAAUAUCUCCACACCUUAUUUUUUUGGACCGCUUCAUUCACAGAUGUUACAUCAUAUUCCACUGGAUACUUACAUGGAAUAGUUCUGGAUCCAACUCAUAUUUGUUUCUUUCUUCAUGGAUGACAUGGCUUUUGAAGGACCGUGAUUUUUCAUAAGUGUUUGCAAACUCGUGGGAAAUUGUAAACAAAGUUACUGUUGAAGUGAAGUUUCAUUCCAAAGAUGGAUCAGCAGGCUGCUGGAGGGGAGGACCCAAAUAAACCCUCCAAAAAGAAAACCAGCGAGGACGAGAGCAAAAACAAAAAACUGAACAUACACAUAAAAACAUUGGCUGAUGACAUGCGUGACAGAAUCACCAGUUUUCGAAAGCAAGGCAUGAAGAAGGAGAAGCCUUUUAUCCAGCACCCCACAGACCCGAUCUCCACCCAGACUGAGCUGCCUGUGCCCCAGCCGCUUUUCGACGAGCGCUCCAUGAACCUGUCAGAGAAAGAGAUCAUGGACUUGUUUGAGAAGAUGAUGGAGGACAUGAACCUGAAUGAAGAGCGUAAAGCCCCCCUUCGAGGGAAGGACCUUAGCACUAAACGGGAGAUGGUGGUCCAGUACAUUUCUGCAACAGCCAAAUCUAUAACUGGGAGCAAAGUUGCGGGUGGACUGAGGAACAGCAAGCACGAGUGUACGCUCUCAUCACAGGAGUACGUGCACGAGCUGCGCUCAGGCAUCUCCGAAGACAAACUGCUCAACUGCCUGGAGUCCCUGCGCGUGUCCUUGACCAGCAACCCCGUCAGCUGGGUGAAUAACUUUGGCCAUGAUGGUCUCGGGCUGCUUUUGGAUGUGCUGGAGAGGCUUCUUGACAAGAAACAGCAAGAGAACAUUGACAAGAAGAACCAGCAUAAACUCAUUCAGUGCCUCAAGGCCUUCAUGAACAAUAAGUAUGGCCUCCAACGAAUCUUGGGGGACGAACGAAGCCUCCUCCUCCUCGCAAGGGCGAUCGAUCCUAAGCAGACUAAUAUGAUGACUGAGAUUGUCAAGAUUCUGUCAGCUGUUUGUAUUAUCGGAGAGGAGAACAUUCUGGAUAAGAUCCUGGCAGCCAUGACCAUUGCUGCGGAGAGGAAUAAUAAGGAGAGGUUUGCUCCGAUAGUGGAGGGGCUGGAGAACCACGAAGCCCAGCAGCUACAGGUCAGUGAUGGUGCCCUUUCCCAGAAACAGAGAGUGAUUGUGGCGGCUCAAGAAAGUGUGCUCCAGUCCAACCAGUGCAUCACCCUGCAUGUGUGCAGUUGUGUCCUUAACCAUCUAUGCACUGAUAUGGGUGAAGUGUACCAUCUCCUGUCCAACAUGGUGAAAGACACGGGCUCAGAACCUUACUUCCUAUCCAUCAUCCAGCACCUGCUGCUCAUCAGGAAUGAUUAUUAUAUCAGGCCUCAAUAUUACAAGGUGAUCGAGGAGUGUGUGUCCCAGAUCAUCCUCCACCGCAGUGGGAUGGACCCUGAUUUCGCCUACAGGGAGCGACUGGAUGUGGACUUCAGUCAUCUCGUCGAUCAGUGUGUGGAUAAAGCCAAAGUGGAAGAGAGUGAGCAGAGAGCGGCUGAAUUCUCCAAAAAGUUCGACGAGGAGUUCAGCGCACGGCAGGAAGCACAGGCCGAGCUGCAGAAGCAGGAGGAGAAAAUCAAAGAGCUAGAGUCUCAGAUCAGCACCCUGCAGGCCCAGUUGAUUAGUGAGAGAGACAAGCUAAGAGAGGCAGAGAAAACCAUCAGCGAAAGAAACAGCAAGGUUGCAGCAGGACCUGGAGCAGCCGGUGCUGUUCCUCCAGCACCGCCACCACCAGGGGGAAUUGCACCUCCACCUCCUCCACCACCACCACCAAGUGGAGGUAUACCACCACCUCCUCCUUGUCCUGCAUCUCUAGGACCCCCACCUCCUCCACCUCCACCUGGCUGCGGACCUCCACCACCACCACCUCCACCUCCUGGAGGAGGCCCUCCCCCACCACCGGGUAUGCCUUUGGCUCCUCCGCCGCUCGUUGUCCAGCUGCCUUACGGGCUGGUGCCCAAGAAGACCUACAAACCUGAGAGCGUCAUGAAGCGGGUGAAUUGGUCUAAGAUAGUGCCUCAGGAGAUGGCGGAAAAUUGCUUUUGGCUCAAAGUCAAAGAAGAGCGGUUUGAGAACCUGGACAUGUUCAGCCAGCUUUCACUGUCCUUCUCUUCUAAAUCCAGAGACUCCCUUCGCUUGGUGGUAUCAAUCAAUGGUUCUGCUUGUGUUUCUGCUUGGGGGAUCAAAUCGGAUACACUGGUGGAUUGAGUGUGUGGCAUGGCCUACUGCAUUUGAAAAGCAAUUCAACGCCUCCGCUUUUAUGUGCCACUGAAAUAAGGUGGAUGCUGGCAAAACUUGCUCCUCCUCUUGCCCUAAUAGGUUUUCUUCACCGCUGA